GAUCAACCCUGCAGAAGAUACCAACUCUGAAGACAAUGCCAUGGUAUGUGACUUUUUGAAGCAUGAUACGUUGUCAGAGCUAUGUGGACACAGAGAACUCGAUCUUCCCAUUUACUCUUUUGUCAAGCGCGGCUCUCCAGCGAGGUUGCAACACGAGACACGGCAUUGCAGCACGUGUCUGGUAUGACAAGCACAAACCAAGUUGACACUUUCCAGAAGAAGCCAACUGUGGAAGAAGUGGAAGCUCGAUAUCCCUCGAGAGCUCGAUUGUGGACUGUCCUUCGUGUUUGUGCCAGUCAUGGAGACCCUUGUCGUGUUCAUGCCUGGCUCAGAAGACAUUCAAAUGAGGAGUGUCCUGAAGCCGACCCACGAAUGGCAGACUUUAUGAUACAUGCCUAUGCCAAAGUUGCCGACUUGGCAAGAGCAGAGAAAGCACUUGUGGACAUGAUCCGAAAUAGAGUUCAUCCCACCACAGAAUCCUUCAAUGCAAUAUUGGCAGCUUGUGCACGGAAAGAGGAUGUGUCAUCAGCGUUAAAAUGGUUUGGGAGGAUGCUAGAGGCGGAUUUGGUGCCAGACAUUGUUACCUACAGAACACUAAUUUCCACGUGUGCACGUGCUGGUAAUUUGCCAUUGGCGGAGGAGUGGUUAGGAAAGAUGCUCAGAGCAACGAGAAGACUUGACGUUGUAAGUUGCAGCUCAAUCAUUGGUGGAUAUGCGUCGACAGGUGAUGCACAUCAUGCACAGAAAUGGCUUGAAAGGAUGCUGGCUGCUGGACUUCGUCCCAGUGGUUAUGCCUUCAACCCAGUGAUUUGUGUGUGGUCCUAUGCAGAUCCAUCCAAGUCUGAAGCUUGGAUCUGGAAAGCCAUGGAGGCUGGAAGUAAACCAAGUGACGCAGCACUGCAGAGGACACUUGCAGGAUAUGUUCAAAACCACAAUUGGGAAGGAUGCCUUCGCAUGAAGGAUCUUCUAAAGCGUUUGAAGCGAUGGCCCAGCUCAUGGGCAAUUGCAUUGUUAGCAAAGCCGCAUGCAGCUGCUGGUGAUUUUGAGUCUAUCGAAGAACUCAUUCAAGAGCUUCAUGUCAAUCAAUCGAAUCCAGAUGCUUCCUGUUUCAAAGCCUUGCUUGCGGCUUAUGCGCGUUCGCCUCGUCCAGUUGAAGAUGAACGAGUCGAGUUGUGUUGCGAGCAAUUGUUUGCUUUGGUCUCGCUCGAGCCAAGUCUUUUGGGAGAUGCUCGGCGAGCUUUGGGCCAGGAAAGAUAUCAGAGACUGGCCAGCAGAUUGGGAUUGAACAUACAGCCACAAAUUCACCGUAAAGGGCAUGCAAGGAAUCGUGUCGUUGGAUCGUGGGGAGAGAUUCCUCCUGCUUGAGGCAGUGAAGUUCCAGAUUCCUGAAAAAGCUGCCAGAAAUAUGUAAGCUCAAACGGUUUGGAUGAUAAAUGUAGCGAUGGCCUCCAACCUACUAGCUAGCGAUGGCCUCCAACCUAAUAGCAAUGGCCUCC